AUGUCCAGCUAUUUUAGAGCCUCUAAACCCACAGAUCCAAUGGCUGUCCCACCAUCAUACAGUGACUUGGGAAAGUCUGCCAGGGAUGUAUUCAACAAGGGAUAUGGAUUUGGAAUGGUCAAGUUAGAGUUGAAGACUAAGUCUUCCAGUGGGGUGGAAUUCACUGCAACUGGUUCUUCCAACACAGACACGGGCAAGGCUUCAGGCAGUCUAGAGACCAAAUGUAAGAUCAAAGACUAUGGCCUUACAUUCACCCAGAAGUGGAACACAGACAACACAUUGGGAACAGAAGUUUCCAUGGAAGAUCAGUUGGCUGAAGGAUUGAAGGUGGCUCUUGACACUACAUUUGUACCAAAUACAGGGAAGAAGAGUGGAAAGUUGAAGACCUCCUACAAAAGAGAAUAUGUAAACCUAGGCUGCAACAUAGACAUUGAUCUCUCUGGACCAACCAUCUAUGGCUGGGCAGUGUUGGGUUACGAAGGCUGGCUUGCUGGCUACCAGAUGGCUUUUGACACAGCCAAGUCUAAGCUUUCACAAAAUAACUUUGCCUUGGGAUAUAAGGCAGGAGACUUUCAGCUGCACACUAAUGUGAAUGAUGGCACCGAGUUUGGUGGGUCUAUUUAUCAGAAGGUUAAUAAUAAGGUUGAGACCUCAGUCAAUCUUGCAUGGACAGCUGGCAGUAACAACACACGUUUUGGUAUUGCUGCUAAGUACCAACUGGAUGAGAAGACUUCCAUUGUGGCUAAAGUGAAUAAUGCCAGCCUGAUUGGAAUUGGUUACAGUCAUGUCCUCCGACCUGGUGUAAAGCUGACCCUCUCAGGCCUGAUCGAUGGCAAGAAUUUCAGUGCUGGAGGUCACAAAGUUGGGCUGGGAUUUGAGCUGGAAGCUUAAUGCAGCUUUAAGUAAAACAACAGGUGGUGCUCUGGAAGACAAAGGAAAAGUGUACCCAGCGUGUUUCAGCCUUAACCUUACUCUGAAAUGUCAAGACGUGUGAACUUUCUACUCUUCCAAAGAAUCAUUUUAACGCAACACUGAAGUGUAGAGAGUGCCAGCACAUCAAAGGAAGAUACUUGAAGGCAUGCAUGGAAGUUGUGAUGUUCGUGCCACAUUUCACUUCAGUUUCCUGUAUUUUAAAUAUAUUCCUAAAAAUCAGAAGAAAAUCCCACCUCUCCCUGUUAUUGUAUUGCAUCCUGCAUGUCCUGUACUUCACAAUCUUAUAAAAGGUGGUCUCUGUGCUGUAGUGGAAAUUUGGGUUUACAUCAGAAUGAAAUAAAUUGGUCAGAGUUGGAACA